CUCUGAAAAUAUGUCGAAUAGAAGUUUCCUUGACUUCCAGUAUAACAUCAUAAAAAGGAAGCUGUUGCAGAAACCAAGUCGACUGUUUUCUCGGGACAGGCAGAGCUCUGGAUUGAAGCCUUCUUUCAUGCCAAAUCAGGAUGAGAUGAAGCUAGUAUUUGAUAAAUUCGACACCAACAAAGAUGGAAAGAUAUCUCAGCAAGACUAUAAGGCCAUUUUGAGGUCACUGGGCAAGGAAACCAUACCUGGAGAAGUCGCAAAGAUUUUUCAGAUAGUUGAUCUUGAUGGGGAUGGCUUUAUUAGUUUCAAGGAGUUCAUGGAUGCACACAAGAAAGGCGGUGGCAUUAAGACUAUGGACAUACAGAGUGCCUUUCGGAUGUAUGAUCUCAACAAUGAUGGGAAAAUAAGCCCAGUGGAGGUUAUGGAGGUGCUAAAGAGGUUGGGCGAGCAAUGCAGCCUUGACGAUUGCCGACGAAUGGUGAGAGCAGUAGACACUGAUGGGGACGGCUUGGUUGACAUGGACGAGUUCAUGACUAUGAUGACUAGGUCCAUGAAGAUGGCUCUUGUUUAAAUAGGUCCAAAAUUGGUAGAUACACGUAGAGGUUCUAUUUGGUUUCCCUUGUUAGAUGUACGUUAUUUGUCUUGCAAUCUGAAAUAUGUUAUUCUUAAUCUUGUACUUUAUUCUUAACAAAAGAACUAAGAUGUGUGCCAUCAGAUUGAAAGCAAAGCAUUUGUAUAAGUAUUGAUGUUACCUUAAAUGCCUGUUCUUAUGCCAA